AUGUCAUCUAAUAUUUUAUUAAAUAGAUUAGUCAAAAAUUAUGAAACACACUUGUAUAGCGGUGAAGUGACACUCGAUGAAUUAAAUUUAUUAGAAUUAUUAGAAUUAAUAUCAGCUGCUGAUGAAUUUAUAUUGUUCGAAUUAAUGAAAUUUACUGAAACAUUCCUGAUUUCUCUUGCAGAUACUUGGAUGAAAACAAAUUUUAUCAAAAUUCAUUUACAUGCCCAUACAAUUACAGGAUGUAAAGCUCUUCAAGAGUUUUGUACAAAGAAAAUUUGUGAAGAUCCUGACUUGAUAUUUUUGCCAAAGGAUUAUGGUAAUUUAAAUGAAGAAGUGUUAAUUAAAUUAUUGAAAAGAGACGAUUUAGAAAUGAAAGAAGUUGAAUUAUGGAAAUAUAUUAUUAAGUGGGGAAUUCAUGAGAGUUCAAGUAAUGUUGAUAAUGAUUCAAAUUUAAAUGAAACUGAUGUUAGUGAAUGGAAUGAAAACAAUUUUAAAGAUUUGUGGGAAGUUUUAAAGAAUUUCAUUGAUUUCGUUAGAUUUUGUAAUAUCUCGGUCGAAGAGUUUGAAAAAGAGGUCCAACCAUAUUCAGAAAUGUUUCCAAGAAAAGUUUAUGAAAAGAUCAUUUGGAGCUUUGUUAAACCACAGGAAUCUAAAAUGAUUAUAAGAGGAAAUAGGGUACGAAAACAAGGUUCUAAUUUAUCUACAAAAAAAUCUUCUUUUCCUGUUCAUAUUGGUGGCUUUCCUCCUUCUAGUAUUGGAUUUAAUGGUUUUGGAGCAUCAUCAACUACUCAGCCUCCGGUAUAUGGAAUGUUAACUACUCAGCCUCCGGUAUAUGAAAUGUUAACUACUCAGCAGCCUGGUUUUGCUGGAUUUGGUAGCCGUAAUUAA